AUGAAGCUGAAUCCAAACAAAUGCGCAUUCGGAGUAACGGCGGGAAAAUUCUUGGGUUUCAUGGUAUCCCAAAGAGGAAUAGAGGUCAACCCGGAGAAGGUGCGGGCCAUAAUGGAGUUAGAACCACCAAGGACGGUUAAGGAGGUCCAAAGUCUAAAUGGAAAGAUCGCAGCUCUAAACAGCUCGCGGACGGCCAUAAAAGGGCAGGCAGUAGCUGACUUCAUCGCUGAGUUCACACACGGGGAAGGCCAAUUGAUAGAAGAGAAAGAACAGUGGAAUAUCUAUACAGACGGAUCCUCAAACAGACGAGCCGGAGGUGCCGGAGUAGUGAUCCAAACUCCGCAGGGGGACAAGAUACAAUGUAUGAUCCGACUGGAUUUCCCAACAACCAACAACGAGGCAGAGUAUGAAGCCUUGGUCGCAGGGCUAGACCUUGCAAAGGCCGCGGGAGUAGAAAACAUAAUUGUCCACUGCGAUUCACAAGUGGUGACGAGCCAGAUCAAUGGCGACUACGAGUGCAAGAACGAUAGAAUGAAGAGGUAUUUAGAAGAAGUGAAAUACCGAAUCAGCAACCUCGAAGUCGAAUUCAUUCAGAUCCUAAGAGAAGAGAACGAAUGGGCUGACCACCUAGCAAAAGCUGCGUCAGCCGAAUUCAUGCUGGUACCCGAACAGGUAUUAUCAUUCGUCCAAAUCUCCUCACUUAUCGAUGAUGGAACAAAUAUACAGGUGGUAAACUCUGAAUAUAACUGGACCACGCCAUUGAUCUCCUACCUAAAGGCUAGGGUGUUACCAGACGAGAAGGGCGCCGCAAGAAAGCUGAAAGUCCAGGCAUCACGGUUCGUGCUGAUAAAGGACGUAUUAUAUAAAAGGGGUUUCUCUUGA